ACUUCAGAACAAAAUAAAUUAUUUCAAUGCAGCGAGUGCAAAAUAACAAUAGGCUUUUGAAAAUAUAAACUUUAGCUUUCUACACAAACAUGGUCGCCAUCGAACAAAAAACAUUUCAAUUAUUCCCCAAACACGCGGGCUUACACGGACUUAAUAAAACACUCCGAGUGAAAAUCGUUAUUCGCCAUUUAGAGCGGCGUCCAUAACGAACCGGCCUCAACAAUGGGCUUAACGCUCACUCAUUACAAAAAGCGACAUAACAUAACGCGAUCCGUCGAAAGCUUCUCUAUUCAGAGAGUAUACUCCAGUUUUUUUUUCGGGAAGGCAGCGGGGAUUGGUCGGGCGCGGCCCCGCCCAGCGGGUGGAAGGCCGCCAUUGGCCGGGUGGAUAGAGCACCCUUAAGCCUGAGGGCGCUCUCGGCACGAGGGCGGUGUUGAGCGGGAGUGGUGCUCGAGGGUUGUUCAGUGCGGGCGCGACUCCGCUAGUGACUGCACGUGUCGUGUGACUAUGAUCCCGAAGGCGAGCUCCCCCGCGCGGGACGUGAAGGGCUCGGGGCGCGCGUCGCCACCGCUGCUGCCGCCGGGGCUGCUGGCGUGGAGCCCCAUCCUGCUGCCGCCGUGGGGCCCGGCCUUCCUGCCGGCGCUGUACCCCGCGGCCUUCCGCUCCGCGUUCCCCGGGCUGCUGGACAGCAUGAAGAUGCCGGGGCAGCGGCCGGGGUUCCAGAUCUCGGACAUCCUGGGGCUGAACGAGGGCAAGGAGGAGGCCGCGGGCAGCGCGCCGCCGCCGCACUACGCCCAUGACUACCUGCGCCACCACCAGCCCUGGCUGGCGCUCGACCAUCAUGAUACUAGCGGUAUCUUGGGCCAGCAAGCGAGUCCGGACAGCACAUCGCGUGCCUCCGAGGUGUCAUACGUUGGCGUGUCCGCCUCAUCACCCCCGGGCACCUCCCGCGAGGAGUAUGAGGAGCACGAGCUGGAGCACGACGUCGAUGAUGAUGACGACAAGGAGCAGCCGCCCGGCGACCCCAGCAUGGUGCACAAGAAGCGCAAGCGACGCGUCCUGUUCUCCAAAGCGCAGACGUACGAGCUAGAGAGGCGGUUCCGCCAGCAGCGGUACUUAUCAGCUCCUGAGAGGGAGCACCUGGCGUCGCUGAUCAGACUGACCCCCACACAGGUGAAGAUCUGGUUCCAGAACCACCGGUACAAGACGAAGCGCGCGGUGCAGGAGAAGGGCGGUCACGAGCUGGGGUCCCUUUCCUCUCCGCGGAGGGUGGCGGUCCCGGUGCUGGUGAAGGACGGCCGGCCGUGCGGCAAGCCCGAGCUGCCGCCGCUGGGCCUGCUGCCCCCCUACCCCCCGCACCCCGCGCACCCGCCGCACCCGCACCACCAGCCCGCCUGCUGGUGGUGAGCCCGGGAGUACUAGUCCAGCAGCCGAGUUUUUGCAGCCGUACCACCAUCGGUUUAUAGCGCUGCCAACUUCAUACUUCAACUUUGAAUAUCAAUUAAGAAAGUGAACUGCAACACUUUGAGAUGGUGGUACUGGUACGGCAUCAAGUUGAAGCUUUUACGAACAUGUUUCGUGAAUAAGUAUUGUAUCUCGUUCUGACAUAGUCAAUUGAAAGCGGAAUAUGUGGAUACAGUUGUGUUUAAGGUUUCAAUGUCCGUAAAAGUUUUAACAGGCUGCAUUAUUUAUUGUAAGAAAUGUUGAAAUUAGGUUUUGGAUUUUUGUUAUUGAAGAUUUAAAAUUCUGUUGAAAAUUACUCGAAUACUACGAAAGUAUAAGUCGAGUCCAGCUUAUGGAUUCUCAUUUCGGACUAAUUAAGGUUGGAGUUCCUACUUGUUUGUAAAUUAAGAGUAACUUAUAUAGUGGAAACCCUAUUCCUCUCGUGCAUAUUUCUGUGUCUCUUAUAUCUAUGACUUGUUCCAUUCAGAUGUGAUUAGAAAAUAACAUUC